AGCCGGGUCCUGCUUCUCUCCAACUGACGUGUCGCAUUGGAUUGUUAUUGGGGGAAAAAACACGGAGCUUCUUUAGUUGCCAUUUCUUUAACCAGCUGAAACGAUGGCUGAACCAAGCAGACAGGAUAUUUCUGCCAUUUUCAAGCGUCUGCGUUCCAUUCCAACGAAUAAGGUUUGCUUCGACUGUGCAGCUAAAAACCCCAGCUGGGCCAGCAUCACCUACGGAGUGUUUCUCUGCAUAGACUGCUCUGGGACUCACAGGUCAUUGGGAGUGCACCUGUCCUUUAUUAGGUCCACUGAGUUGGAUUUUAACUGGUCAUGGUUCCAGCUUAGAUGUAUGCAAGUGGGAGGCAACGCCAGUGCUAUUGCGUUUUUCAAUCAACAUGGGUGCAAAGCUGGUGCCGCCAAUGCUAAAUACAACAGCCGUGCCGCCCAGAUGUACAGGGAGAAGAUCAAAACUUUAGCCACGCAAGCUACCAGACGUCAUGGCACUGAGCUGUGGCUUGACAGUCAGGGUCCUCUUUCUCCGACCUCACCAGAGGACAAGCAUGUGGACUUCUUCAGUUUGCAUUCACAGGAUGUGCCUGAAAAUCUAAACAUGGCCAAAAUGAGUCUCAGCCCCACACUAGAAAAACCUUCCAUCGAGGAGAAAGAUGAAGAUCGAAAUGGAAAUUCAGAAGAAGGCCCAAGUGUUGAAGUACUAAGUGUUUCCCCAAAAGCAAAUCCAGAGCCAUCCUCACUUCUAAAAAAGAAGCCAGCCGCUGCCAAGAAAACGCUGGCCUCUAAGAAAGGCGGCCUGGGCGCCCAGAAGGUCAGCAGCCAGAGUUUCUCCGAGCUGGAGAAAGCGGCUCAGGCUGCCGACAAACUCCGGGAGAAAGAAGAAAGCUCCGCCACAGGCGCCAAGAGGAACAUCACACCUGAGGACUCCAUCGCUCCGUCCAUGCGUCUGGCCUAUAAAGAUUUAGAGCAGCAGAGGAAAAUCGGGGAGCAGAAGCUGAAGGGGCUGGAGGGGAAGAAGAAGGAGCAGGCCGAGCGACUGGGCAUGGGUUUGGGUAUGAGGAGCGGAGUUUCUCACUCCGUCAUGUCAGACAUGCACAUCAUCCAGCAGGAGAGUCCGCUCGGAGCCAAGACCACCAAGGGCCGCAGGUUUACUGAGGAAGACGAGUACGACGGGACGUUUAGCUCAAGGAAUGUUUCACGGUUCGAGGAUCAAACGGACACCUCUGAUAGUUUCUCUAUGCAUUGGGGAAAUGAUGGCAGCAGCGGAAGCGGCUGGUUGAAGGAGAGCAAGAAACCAGAGCCGGACUUCUUCAUGUCCGCCGCCGUGUCUUCAUUUGACGACAGGCCCGUUGCCAGGAGAAAAUCUGACUUGCCAUCCUACUCGGAUUCUGGAGAAGCUCAGAAAAAGUUUGGAGGUGAUGUCAAGGCGAUCUCAUCUGACAUGUAUUUUGGAAAACAAGACAACUCUGAGUACGAAACCAGGACGCGACUGGAGAGGUUUUCAGGGAGCGCCUCGAUAAGUUCAGCGGACCUUUUUGAUGAUCCAAAGAAAGAAACUGGAAGUUCAUACCGUCUGAGCAACGUGCUGCCCAACGCUCCCGACAUGUCGCAACUCAAACUCGGCGUGCGCUCAGUCGCAGGGAAACUGUCGGUCAUGGCCAGCGGCGUAGUCAGCACAAUCCAGGACCACUACAACUCCUAAGUGGCAGUGCGAACAUAAAUCGCGUUUCCAGGAGCUGAGACAUCGACGCUCGUAGCAAGUCUGCACGUUUACCACCAAAAUUAUUCUUUGUAUAUUUUUGGUAUUAAACAACGUGUGCAGAU